AUGGAUGUUAGAUAUGGUGUUGCAGUUGAUGCUAUUGAUGAUUAUGUGUGCAUAGGCGAGAGCACUACAAUUGAAUGCUUGAAAAAAUUUGUUGAAGGUGUCAUUUUAGUGUUCGAGGAUAAAUACUCGCAAAAACCAAAUUCAAAUGAUGUACGAUGCUUGCUACAAAUGGCAGAGGGUCGUGGAUUUCCUGGCAUAGUUUCUGGUUCAAAUAACGAUAUCAACGUGUUAGAUUGUUCACCAAUAUUCGAUGAUAUUCUAAAUGACCAUGCUCUAGAGAUUGUAUUUAUCCUGAAUGGGCCACAUUUGUCAAAUCAAUCUCAAAGCUAUAAGGGGAAAAACGCAAGUUAUUUGCACAAUAUCAAAAAGGGCAAAGAAAAUAUGUGGAACGAACAUUCGGAGUGUUGCAAGAACGCUUUGCAAUUAUACGUGGUCUAG